CCGGCUCGUUACGAUCAGGCUAGCUUGCCAGCAACGACUGACUGGACCACCAUGUCCUUUCUCGUAGGACCUAUCUCUGGCGCUCUUGCCGCAGGAGGGGUGUAUUAUGGUUUCUCCACCAUGAUCCAAACACGAACCGAGCAGCACCGUACCGAUGUAUCCUGGUGGCCCCCCUUAAGCUCUGGAUUUAUGAUGCACAUGGCUCAACGUCUACAGUUGGUCGUUGAUGUGUAUCUGGAUGCGAUAACGGCGACGCAGAAUUGGUGAAUAUGCUUGAAACAUCCUCAAUCUGCAUGACGCGAAAAACUCAUCCGUCUCUGCUUCUUGCCAUCUCGCAUCUAUACUGCACGAGAGGCAAUGACAUUCGCUCACCGGAGUAACUUCUCUUUACGUGGCUUAGGAGCCUAUACGACAACGCGCUAAGUGCGGAGAUUAAGCUUGCCAGAUGCUUCAGGGUAUGCUCCAUACCGCGGCCAUAGAAGGAGCGGCAGCCUACCAUGCGUUCGGCACUGUAUUAGUAGUGGUGUCGUCAUUGUGCCGUGUCUGCUCCGGAAUGUCAUUGACCCCAUGCAUGCAGGAUCGACGC